AUGAAUGGUGGAGAAUGCUUGUUGACUCUGGUGAAGAAGCUGAGCGAGCUCGGCAAACCGCUCGUGGUGACUCUGCUCGGCGACCAGCUUGACGAUACGCCCCUGUUGGAGCUCGACGAGAUCAGCUCGAUCCUUUGGGCGAACUGGCCAGGUCAAGAUGGCGGUGUCGCCGUCAUGAAGCUAAUCACAGGACAAGAGAGCCCGGCGGGUCGCCUUCCUGUGACACAAUACCCAUCGAGCUACACGGAACAGAUCCCCAUGACCGACAUGAACCUGCGACCAACCUGCAAGUAUCCCGGACGCACAUACAGAUGGUACAACAAGUCCAUCAAGCCCUUUGGCUUUGGUCUACACUACACGACGUUCAAGGCGGAGAUUGUCACCAGCUUCCCCGCCACCCUCAAGAUUUCCGACCUCGUCGGCCGCUGCACAAACCAGUUUCCCGACACGUGCGAGGCGCCGCCACUGCCCGUCUCCAUCACCAACACAGGCAACCGCACCUCUGAUUACGUGGCGCUCGCUUACCUGUCGGGAGAUUAUGGACCGAAACCGUACCCGAUCAAGACGCUUUCGGCCUACACGCGUCUCCGCGGCAUCACACCCGGGCAGACGGCGACCGCAGAGCUGAAGUGGACGCUUGGCGACAUCGCGAGGCACGACAAGGAGGGAAACACGGUGCUGUACCCAGGCAAGUAUACAAUCACGAUUGACGAGCCGACCUUGACGACGGCUUCUUUUGUUCUGGAGGGCGACGCGGCUGUAUUGGAUGAAUGGCCCGCACCGGCUAUGUAG